UGAGCGGUGGUGUGGAAUACAGCAGUGUACAUGAACUGGUCUGCUUUACGUCUGCCAUGGUCUCCUGUGAUUGGAUAGACAAUGACCAAUGACAUUGUAGAACAGAAUGGGAGCUUGGGUAGCAAGCAAAACACCUUUCCAAACAUUACAGUGCCCUAUGCUGCUGAUGAUGUUGGGUUUGACAUGAACUAUCUGUACUGGAUCUUCCUGUGUAUUCUCAUGACUAUAUUCGGACUCUGUCUCGCUUCCUGCAAGUACCUCAGAGAUCAAUAUCAUAAUCCAGAGCUGAAACGAAAAAGAAAAGAAAAAUAUGAAGUGGAGACAAGAGCCAAGGAAGAAAAGGCGGUGUUAUCGGUGACCCCAGAACCGAUUCCCUCGUACCGCUUCCUGCACACCUUAUACAAGAAGAAGUCAGACAAACAGCUCAACAUUGAAGUACGGGCAAUUGUACACAACCAGGAGGAAUUCCCUUGUACAACAGCACUGUUACCAAGGAAUGCAGCUAAUAACAACAAACCUGAGAUCAUUACAUAUGACCAUAGCCGUGUAAUUUUGCGAGACAUGCCUCCAGGCUACAAUAAUGACUAUAUCAAUGCCAGCUUCAUUGAUGGGUACACAUUGACUAAAGAAUAUAUUGCAACACAAGGUGAGUGUAUUUACUGA